UGAGAGCUGAGCCCCGUCAUCCAAUUUCCCCCCCCCCCCCCCUCUCACUCCUUCCCCUCUCGGCUUCAGGGGAAACCGGCGAAAGAAAAAAAACAACAACCUCUUCACCUCAUCCACCCUGGGGACAGAGAUGGAGCAGUGGUCUCCUCCACUGCCGGCUCGGAGCACGUGACAUGCAAGCUCGGUCAGUUGCCCUCCGCUGCAAGCCCAUGGACCUCUGCCCCGGUGUGGCGGCAGUGGUGGUGGUGAUGGUGUUGGUGGUGGUGGUGCGCUCUCACGUGUGCUGACACACGGACGAUCACCUUGGAUGUCUGGAUAUCAGGAUAUGCCCUCCUCGCUUGCACUGACAGCUGUUUGGAUUGCGUCCCAACAUUUGGAGCUGGGAGCUUAGCCCUAUCGCAAUCCCCAUCCAUUCCUGUGCCCGGGCCCUACCAUCACGCCGUGCCCUGUCCCAUUCAGAGAUCUCAUGAUUUCAAAUUUAGCGAGGCAACACUGUUAAAUUACAUUAUUAUUAAUAAUGCCCUCAAAGGGGGGCCUGGCACUGUCAAGACUUUAGAAUCAUCCUAAUACCCCACCUUACCCCCACCGGACCCCAGGGAUUACCCCCUGCCCUCACAUCACAUCACCUCUCAUCACAUUCCCCUUACCCCCUCUCCUACGUCCCACUGCGCCUACUCUCCGUCGUGCCUUCAGCUGGUUGGAUUCAGUCCCAAUACUUGAAUCUCGGAGCUUAGCCAUCUUGACAGUCCCAUCCCCAUCCCCAUCCCCAUCCUCAUCUCGUCCAGUGUCAGUCCUCCACCACUCUACUCUCGCCCUCAGAUCCCAUCCCAUCCCAUCUCAACAAACCUCCACUCCACUCCACUCUCCAGCCCCCCCGCUGCACGAUCAGUCGUGCCUGCGUCAUUCCACGCACCACUCUCACAUCACCCUCACAUCACAUCACAUCUCAUCCCCAUCUCAACAAACCUCCACCCCAUUCCAUUCCACCCUACCCACUCCCUCAUCCCUCGGCCCUCCUAUCCGUCGUGUCUUCCCACCAUCACCACCACAGACUGCUCUGCUUGCCAUGCAGGGGCAGGCCUGUAGAGGGCCGCCUCUGCUCCUGCACCCCCCCCACCGCCUCCUCCGCCUCCGCCUCCGCCUCCAUCACCACCUGCGCCUCGUCCUGCUGCUGCUGUGUGUGGCGGCCCAGUGGCGUGGUGCCCUGGCCCAGUACGAGCUGUGCAAGUCGCUGGUGAACACGGACGAGGGCGCGCUAUGGGAGGAGUACGCCUGCCAGCCCAAGAGCCUCUCCAUGAAGGACUUCAUGCGCAUCCGCGUGGAGCCGCCGGGCAUCACCUGCGGCGACCCGCCCGAACGCUUCUGCACGCUGGAGAACCCUUACCUGUGCAGCGAUGAGUGCGACGCGUCCAACCCGGACCUGGCCCACCCUCCGCAGCUGAUGGCGGACCGCGAGCGUGGCGGCCUCAUCACCUACUGGCAGUCGGUCACCUGGAGCCGCUACCCCGAGCCCCUGCUGGCCAACAUCACGCUCACCUGGAACAAGACGCUGGAGCUCACCGGCGACGUGCUCAUCACCUUCGAGUACGGCCGGCCCACCGUCAUGGUGCUGGAGAAGUCCAUGAACCACGGACGCACAUGGCAGCCAUACCAGUACUACGCGGACGACUGCCUGGAGGCCUUCAACAUGCCGGCCAAGCGCAUCCAGGAGCUGUCGGCGGCCAACGUGACGCGGGUCAUCUGCACCGAGCGCUACUCGCGCUGGGUGGGCUCCAAGAACGAGAAGGCGGUGCGCUUCGAGGUGCGGCCCCGGCUGGAGAUCUUCGCCGGGCCGCGCCUGGUCAACAUGGAGGCGCUGUACACGCGCAUGGAGAGCGUCAAGGGCCUGCGGGAGUUCUUCACCUUCACCAACCUCAGGCUGCGGCUGCUGCGGCCCGCGCUGGGUGGCACCUACGUGCAGCGCGACAACCUGCUCAAGUACUUCUACGCCAUCUCCAACAUCGAGGUGCCCGCCAGGUGCAAGUGCAACCUGCACGCCUCGCAGUGCGUGUUCACAGAGGGGAACCUGCAGUGUGUGUGUGAGCACAACACGGCUGGGCAGGACUGCACGCGAUGCAAACGCGGCUACAAAGCCAAGAGCUGGAAGCCAGGCUCCUACCUCCCCACCCCCAACGGCACGCCAAACUCAUGUGCCCAGGCUGGCAUGUCGGCUGGCUCCACAGACUGUGAAUGCUACGGCCACUCCAACCGGUGCAGCUACAUCGAGUUCCUCAACAUCGUGACCUGCGUGAGCUGUAAGCACAACACUCGGGGGCAAAACUGUCAGCACUGUCGCCUCGGAUACUUCCGGAACGCCUCAGCGGAACUGGACGAUGAGAGUGUCUGCGUUGAGUGUAACUGUAACCAGUUGGGCUCAGUGCAUGACCGCUGCAAUGGAACAGGCUACUGUCAGUGCAAGGAGGGCACAGGGGGCCUCAAGUGUGACGAGUGUCUGCCCGGGUUCUUCUGGAGGCAAGGCUGUGUCCCAAACGUGUGUGACGACGUGACGCUCCCGUGCCAGAACGGCGGCACCUGUGUGCAGAACCAGCGGUGUGCGUGCAAGCCGGAGUAUAAGGGCACGCUGUGUCAGCAGUCCGUGUGCGAGGCGGGCAAGUGCAGUGGCGCCACCUCCCUGAGCCCCAGCCUGCCGGCGCUGCUGCUGUGCCCCGUGCUCUACCCACUGCUCUCAGCCACGCGCCUCCUGUCCUGAGCAGACCACCUCUCCUCCUGUCUCUCUCCCUCUCUCUCUCUCACACACACACACACAAACACACAGCUCUAACUCUCAGACACUGAGAUGGCAAUAGAGACUGCGAGACACACACACACACACACACACACACACACACACACACACACACACACACACACACACACACACACACACACACACACACACACACACACAGAAGCAGACAGGCAGACAAAGGGCUCAGUUGCCGCAGGCCAAGGAGAAGGUGCCCAAAUUCGGUUUUCAUUGCACUGUAUGCAUUGGAUGGGGCCGGCCUCUUGCAGAUGACUUUGUCCUGGAUUCCCAGCAAAAGUGGUCAGCAGCCCUGCACACACACAGAACUCUACUGUACCACUUGUCUUUUGUCCCAAUGUGAUACACCUGCAAGCUAAAGGAUGAUGUGUGUAGAGUCCCAACUCAAUCCGCAACUGUACUCUCAGACAAUGAGAUGGCUAGAGAGAUCGAGAGAUACACAGGAACGGAGCUGGAGACACACACCCACACACAUUUGCAUAGAGAGACAAGCUGGCAUGUGCCAGCAGACUGGAGUAAUCCUUGGACUCGUGGAACGACUGAAGGGGUGAUGGCGCCAUCUACUGGCCAGGACUGGUAUGUGGCCACAGGAGCUGUGGUGUUGAACUGGAUGCAG